UGUAUAGUGGAAACCCGCCUUGGUAUUUACCAUUGGUAUGGCUGGUAUAAUAUAUUUUUUUUUCUAUGGUUAUGGAUUUUGAGACUACUAUUUUUAACAUGGCUAAUUUAUUAUAUUUAACCAUGAUUUAUAAGCCUUAUCCAAUCAAAACGCUCGUAUAAAACAGCAAAUCACGAAACGAUUUCCGACUUUCAGUUUCGACUGUUUCGAGUUUUUACUUUUCAGGCUUUUCACCGGAUUCAGAUAGAUUUACAAUUUUAUUAUAUCACCAUCUCUUAUUACUGGGAAAUAUUUUUAAAACGGACAUGAAGGAUUGUUUCUGAACUUGACCUGCGGCCUGCGCCUACCUGACAGUCUGACACCUGCACGAGAAGACAGAAGUCAGGAGUAUGUAUUUGCCGUGGUUUUAUAAUGAUAUCGUAAUUAAUUUAUCUCGUCGUCGCGUUUAAUACUUCGUCGAAUUGAUUAUUGAUUGUAAACUACUGCAGUUGUCGGCCAUUGACCCAGGCGGGUGUACCUAUAUAAUACGGAAGGCUGCACACUGCACACCAUCAGCUUUGUCAUGAUAAGAUACAUUUUAAGGCAAGUAUAGAACAACUGGAUUAAAUUAUGGAGAAAUCAUUAGUUCCUCAUAAGUUGACUAACAAUGACAUUUAUGUGACUCAUGCUGAAUUUCAAGGAUGUUUCAUAAAAAUUUGGGCAAACUUUUACUCUCAAAAGAGAAAAAAUUUAGAAAAAAAUGUACAAAAUUAUGAUCAUUACUCAAGGGAAUGUAAUGCAUUAGACCUUUUUGGAAACAAGUUAUAUGUAUAUACUUGGAAAAAUGACUAUGAAUCAAGAGUAUAUAGAUGUCAAAUUAUAUAUUCAGAUUUAGUGGCCAAAACUCACACUAUAGUCCUCAUAGAUUAUGGCCGGACUAUGGUGGUUUCAUAUUUUAAUGUUAGAGAAGUAAUCCAAGAUGUAGAUCCUUCUUUUUUAAUUGAUUUGUGUCAAAGAGCCACAGUAUAUACAUUUUUGCUGAGUACUUGUAUAAGUAAAUCAAAAUCAAAAUCAGACAUUGACUUAAUUAAUAUUUUGUGCAAUAAAUAUUACAAAUAUCGAAGAGACUUUGAAAUUGGUGGUAUCACAUUCAUAUCAUUAUUUGAUGUGGACAAAAUUUUAGUUGACAAAGGCAUAGCAGAUAACAUCAAUUUGGCUACAAUGAUCACCAUUGCUAAUAGUAUGGAAUCAACAAUUGAAUUAAACAAUAAAUCCGAUAUGAUCAACAGUUGCCCAAUUGCAAGCAAAGCGUUAAGCUUUGGUUCUUUUCUACGAUCUCAACGUUUAGAUUUCAUUACUUUAAUAAGCAUAAGUGUCACAAGGGUUGUUAUAGAUAACAUAUCAAUUCUUCUGACAGUCCGGACACUUGACAAUGAAUCUGAAGCAUUAUCUGAUAUGUUAAAUUCAAUUGACAGACAUAAUUUAAAACUGGCACCAGUUCUUGAAGUGUAUACUCCUUGUUUGAUUGUUUUUCAUAACAAACUGGUUAGAGCUAUAAUCUUAGAAGUAAAAAUUGAUAGAUUGUACAUUGAUCUAGUAGAUUAUGGAAUUAAAGAAUUAGUACCUAGGACUGCAGUUUUUGAAAUACCUUCCAAUUACUAUGUAAUUGAAAUGCGAUCUUUGAAUGUGGUACUGGACAAGCCAAAAGAUACUAUUGUAGACCAAAACAUAUUUAUUCAAAAGAAUUUUCAAAUGUUACCAUUGAAAAUAGAUCCUAGUUUUGGUUUAUACAAAGUUAAAUUAUUCAAAAAAAAUAAUGAAGAGCUUAUUGAAGUAUGCAAUGUAUCAAAUGAUACAUAUGAUUCAAUAUCUAUGAAGUCACAAGAAAUGUUUUCAAUAACAGAAAUAAAUGAUGAGAUUAAAAGUAUUGAGAAUAAUGCUGAAAAUUGUACAACACCAAUCAACCAUCUUAAUGGUUUUCAAAAAGAAAUAGUAAACAUAAAUUCAGAAACAAAAGAAAACAUAGAUUCAGAAAUUAAAGAAAUCAUAAAUCUGGAAGUAAUGGAAAAAGAACCAAAAGUUACGAAACAAAUAUUCCCAAUAAUGUUUUUAAAGAAAGAAGCUUUAAAUAACGCACAAGAAAUUAUUGGUUCAUUGAUUUAUUACAAAUCACCUUUUAACUUUAGUGUGAGACAAUACAGUCCAAAUUUUGAACCUUUUAUGGACCUUAUUAAAAAUAUGUUGGAAUCUCGUUGUAUUUUGAAAAAAAUUGAUCUUGUGGAAAAUAUGUAUGUUAUUUAUCAAUCAAAAAAUUCUAUUUUUCGUGCUAAAAUAGUUGAAAUGGAUUCUACAAUUGAAAAGAUUAAAUUACAAUUGAUUGAUGAAGGAGAUAAAAUAAUCAAUGCAUAUUUUGACAAAAUCAUAUUGUACAAUUUUAUUGAAAGUGAUUGUUAUGUACCUGGACAAUUAGUAAUAGAUUGCUCAUUAAGUGACAUGUGGUUCCCUGUUAUGGAUACUGAUAUUAUAUUAAUGUUACAACCACACUUUAAAAUAGGUCAACUAUAUAAGGUACUGAUUGUAGAAACUGAUGAGUUUGGUACCAAUGUUGUGCAGAUGAUAAAAAAAGAUACUAGUGUUGAUGUUUCGAAUGCUAUACUUCAGUCUGGAAUUGGGCAACGUUUAAAUGCUGCUAUGAAAACAGAUGAAAAUCCAUACGAAGAAAACUUAUUAAUAGGUCAAAGUUUUCUCUCAUACGUUUAUAACUACCAUUUAAAACUUGGAAUUCAACCCGAACCAAAUACUGUUGAUGAACUGGAAGAAGAAAUUGUGAAACACAUUAAUGAAAACCCUGAUUCUAAAUCAAUUGAUAUCAAUUAUUUACAAAAUACAUAUUGUUUGGCAACUGUCGAUAAUGAUCAUUGGUAUAGAGCUUAUAUUAAAAACAUAAAUGAAGAGUCCAUCAUAGUAAACAUGUUUGACAUUGGUUUAUUGACUGAUGUUUCCUUAAAUCAGAUUCAACCAAUUACAAGUAAUUUGAUGAGAAGACCUCAGCUUUUUUUGAAUUGUUGUAUGGAAACUAACUUAGACUUAAAAAUUACUGAAAAAACUUUGUACAAAAUAACAGUAAAAUCCAUCGAUCCUAACGGAAUGUUACGUAUAAAUAUAAAAGAACAUAGUUCUGCUCCACUUUCCACUCCUAUUGUUCGGGGCAUUGAAAAAAUAUCAUUUUUACAUGUUGAUGAUGACUUGAAUUACUUGCAAAUAUCUAAAGACAUAUCAAAAGUUGAAAAAAUAUCUGAAAAUCUAUCAAAACUUUCUGGCAAAUUAAAAAGUAAAGCUACCAUGGUACCGGGAGACAUAAGCAUGUUUGAAAGUCAUGGUAAAUAUUAUAGAUGUGUAGUUAAAUCGAUUAAUUCCAAAUUGGCAGUUGUACAUUGCAUUGACUUUGGUUAUGAAAAACAAAUAGAGAAGGAAAAGUUACAAUGUUUGGGAAGUACUAAAAUAGCCCUGUUACCAGCACUUGUCAUCACUGUUAAGACAUUUCCAAUGGCAUGUCACAUUUCCAGAACACCGUUCCUAGCCAAUAUGCACGUAGACCUCAACGGAACACUUAUUAUUUCGCCAAACAAAAUUACACCAGGACAGUCGCAAAACAUGUUAAUGGAAUCUCUUAAAAAUGGUUGUUUAGUGAGAGUCACUUGUAUUAACUCAGGCAGUGAGUGUUGGAUUGUUCCUCAUUUACUUAAUGAUAAGCUAAAGAUUAUUAUGGAUGUUCUUGUAAAAAUGCAAUCAAAAAUGAUACCAGCUGUGACUGAAAUUGGUUCUAUGUGUGCUGCAUUACAUUCAAUAACAAAAAAAUGGCACAGAGCUUUGAUAUUGGACAUUGAUGGAAGUGCUGUAAAUGUUUUGUCAAUAGAUUCAGGUGAACAGUUUAAAGCAUUGAAAACCACUAAAUUGGGUAGUGAAAUUCAGAAAAUACCAAAUUGUGCUUUGCGUUGUCAAGUGGUGUCAAAUGUUGACAUUAAUACACUUUUAAACAAAGAUGUUGAAUGUAAGCUGUUGUCUUAUACUCAGUCGCUACUUGAGGUGAAAUUAUUUGCAAGUUACAUUAACAAAUCGGAUAUUACUUCCAGUGUGUCAACAAUGCCAGAGAAACAAAAUAAUGAAAAUGAUUUGAUUAUACCUGAAGUAGAAACUGUGGUUAUCAAGUAUAUUGACACAUUCCAAUAUUUUUAUGCGCACUCUGAGAGCUUAUCAAUGAUGUACAUACAACGUAUUUCUGAAGAAUUGGACGUGAGCAUAGUUGAAUUAUAUUUAAAUGAUUCCAUGGUUGGUUCCAUUGUUGUUACACACAGUAUUCAUUUUAAUUGUUGGUGUAGAGCCAAAAUAGAAAUAAUCACCAAUGGCAUCAGUGCUAAAUGUUAUCUAUUGGACUUAGGUGAAUAUGAAGAAUUUACUGAAUUCUAUAAGCCUACAGAAUUCCUUUGCAUGUGCCCUCCAUUGGUAAGACGCUGUUCAUUGUAUGCACCUAAGUUGGCCGGCCGAGAAAAUGAAAUUUGGUUUCCUGAUGUUAAUGAUAUGUUUGAAUACAUUACAACAGUUGAUGGUAUCAAGUUUAAUAUGAUUAUAAAAACCCAUGGAGAUCCUUGUGUGGUCUCUUUGCAGCUAGAAGAUUCUGACAUUAGUGAAAUGAUGAAUCCUCUACUCGUUCAUUUGACACAUGUUAAGUCUUUUACAGAUUUCAAAAUUAAAGCAAUAUCUAGUGAUGAGAAAUUUAUAUCCCAAUUGUUGAAAAGUUAUAUUAAUAAAACGGAUAUGGUGGAGGUUCAAAACCCUAGAGUUGGUGAGUUGUAUCUUACCAAAAUCAAAUCAAAAUAUGCACGUGUGAAGUUUCAAUCAUUUAGCGGUUAUAAGUAUUUAAUCGUUGACAUAGAUGAUACGUUGGAUGUUUUGGCUGUUAUGAAUUUGUAUGAAUUACCAGAAAGUAUACGCAACAUUUCUAUAUUAUGCAUGACAUGUUCCUUGAUUCUUGAUGAUUAUAAAGAGUAUAGUUUGAGUAACUUCCAAAAGUUGGCGAACCCCAAAAAUACAUUUGUUAUGUGCAUCAUUACAGAGAAUGAUGGUAGAACUCCAAAUCAAGUUAAACUUUAUCUUGAAAACAAAAACGUUCUUGAUUGUAUAAAGUUCCAAUAAAUUAAGUGUCAAUAAGUUACAUACAUUUACUUAACCAAAUUAUAAAGUACAAGAUUUUUUAGUUUCUAUUUUUUUUUACUACAAAG